AUUAGGUGGAGGGGAACGAACGCGAGGUGGUAGUUCCGCAAGUCAAGUCCAGUGUCUACUUCCAGCCCGAUGCCGGAGAUCGAAGAGCGUAAAACAAAAAGUGCUUUUGUUAUUUAUUGAAGCACCGCGGGUUGAUCCAAGCUUAGUUAACGGCUGAUCGGUGGUAGAUUCGGUUGUGUGUCCCAGUCCAUCUCUCCUCAGACUGGACAGGAGAAGACCCAACAUUCCAGCGGUAUUUUAUAUCUUUCCUGAAGUUUUAGGCAUAGUAGAGGAAACGAAAUUCCGCGAUAGAGCCCCACAACUGGAGUGAUCUUCUCAAUCGUUUGAAUUUAGUGCACAUCCGUUGGAAAUCGAAAGUGUGACAGUGAACGCGCGCGCACGAUUCAGCAUAGUGCCAUAUAACGUUCGAGGGACAUUCAAAGAAUAUUCAGUGAAAUUAUUGAUCAAAUAAAGUGUUGUCAACGGUGUGUUGGAUACGGAUUCGAUAUUUCACACAAUCAGUUUCGAGAGGAAUAGUACAAACAUCUUCAGUAAUUGAAGCUCAAAGGUAGCAUCGCUUUUAAGGCACGUGUGGUACGAACAGACGGGACAACAUGCAGCCUCUGGUGGAAAAGCUAAGAUUUCUCUACAAACCAUACGUCCUGGCGGUACUGACAAUCGGAUACAUAGCAGGAGAGCUUGGACACUAUCUGAUCGGUGUUACAUCAAAAGCCACGGCUAUACAGCUGGAUUAUGGAGACCGCGCCUGUCAGCAGAACCACACUGAAGUUCACCGCCAUUUGCUACCACAGCAAUGUGCCGACAUCGACCUUGAGCAUGAAUGCCAUCAGCAACACCUCAACGGAACCGUUUACUGCGAGUGGAAUUACAACGGUUUGGGCCUAGACUACCAGCUCAUGGCUGGUCCCAGUUUCAUUGUCGUGUUCACGGUGAUGGGUGUGGUGCUGGGAUUUGCUGCCGAUAGAUUCAACCGAGUUCGUAUGUUGUUCAUUUGUACGCUUGUAUUUGGCGUAGCCAUACUACUUCAAGGAACUGUCACCGCCUAUUGGCAACUGAUCCUGUUACGUAUGGUGAUGGCCGCGGGAGAAUCAGGAUGCAACCCAUUGGCCACUGGCAUCAUGUCAGACAUCUUCCCAGAGAGCAAACGAGCCCUGGUGAUGGCUAUCUUCAACUGGGGAAUCUACGGUGGAUAUGGCAUUGCAUUCCCCGUGGGUCGCUACAUCACCAAGCUAAACCUGUGGGACCUAGGGUGGCGCGUGUGCUAUUACGGAACAGGAGUGCUAGCACUGAUCAUGGCCGUCCUGACUGGUACCACCCUGAAAGAACCGGAGCGUCAAAGUAUCGGCGAGGAAACGACCGGCAAAGCUAAGGUGUCCCUCGUGAAAGUGUUAUUGCAGCCACGUGUGGUCCUGCUGAUGAUCGCAGCGUCGAUUCGCCAUUGCGGUGGAAUGACUUUCGCCUACAACGCUGAUCUGUACUACAACAUCUACUUCCCGGAUGUGGAUCUUGGCUGGUGGUUAUUCGCUGUGACAAUUGGUAUUGGCAGCAUCGGCGUGGUUAUCGGUGGAGUCGUGUCGGACAAGUUUGUAGCGAAAAUGGGAAUCCGAUCUCGCGUUGCCUGUCUUGCUAUCAGUCAGCUGGUUGCCACGCCGUUCGCCUUCGGAUCGGUUUACUUCGAUCCUCUGUGGGCAAUGAUCACACUUGGAAUAAGUUACUUUUUCGCUGAAAUGUGGUUCGGAAUCGUGUUCGCCGUACUGGUUGAAAUUGUCCCACUGCAUAUGCGUUCCACAAUCGUGGGGGUGUUUUUGUUCGUGAUGAACAAUAUCGGGGGAAAUCUGCCUAUCCUCGUCGACCCACUUGCCAAAGCUAUCGGUUAUCGAGGAUCGAUCAUGCUAUUCUAUGCUGGCUUCUAUGGUAUCAGCACUCUUCUGUUCUUCAUCACAAUGUUCUUUAUGGAGGGUGCCAAACCACAACCAGUGGUAGAGGAGCAUCGAAGCCAGGUCGAAAUGGGCCACGAAAACAGCACAUUCCAACCGGAUGACUUCAUCAACGGCAUUGGAGGACGUAAAAGCAACGGACUCAACGUCUCAGGUGUACGGGGGCCUGAGAACAGCAGAUUGUAGGGCGGUACAGUUGGUCAAACAUCGAAUUUGUGAGAAAAAAAUACGAUGCACAAUCUACCCGAACGAAAGAGUAAAACGCAAAACCAGAACAAAUGAAUUCGUCAAGCAGGAAUCUCGAUUGUAACAUACAUUUUCCCAAUGUGAGAGCUUCUUCCGACCGGGAAAAAAGAAUCUCAUAUUCCAUUCUCUCAACGUAGUACCUCGUACGGUUUUAAUAGUUAGCUCGAGAAACACAAUAGUACUUGAUGUAGAAUAAGAUAGAGUUGAUUUUAUUUAUAAAAACGCUAAGUUAAUGUAAAUGUGAAUAAAAUUCAGUUUUUAUGAAGAA